AUGGAAAACCGCACUUCCUUCACUGUGACACCACUGGAGCGGACAGCCGAACAAAAGUUCAAUUUCGGGGCUUGCAUAACUGGGGUGGACUUGAACAACCUCUCAGAUGAGGAUGUCGAUCGUCUCAAAGCCGCUAUUUGGCGCCACAAGGUCAUUGUUGUGAAGGCACAACAUGACUUAGAUCCGAAGAAGCAAUGGGAGCUGGUGACCAGACUGGAUCCAAAUGCCCGUGAUGGCCACAGUCACGGCAACCUUACCACAUUCCGUGCUAAAGGCGGGCUUCUUGCACAAGGGAGAGAAGUUGUGGGAAUUCCAGGCGCUGAAAACGUUCGCCUAAUUGGCAAGGGUUUCCAAGGUGGAAAUCACUUUGGAGUUGAAAAUCACACCAUCGAUCGCGGACUCAGCAAUGAUUUCCAUGCCGUGCCACCAUCCAUGGAGGAGUUUGAGCAAGGCAUCACCCGUUUUCAGCGCUGGCACAUCGAUGCUCCACUAUAUGGGAAGGAUCCUGCGUGGUUCACGACCCUGCGAUGCGUGACUCUUCCCAAAGGGCCUGAUCUCACCGUUAAGUGGGCAGACGGCUCUGGCCAAAGUAUGAAAUCCCCACCAGGGAAGACCGCGUACUUCAGUACAUCGCAGCUUUAUUCGAUGUUAUCUCCUGAUGAGCAAGUCUUGGUUGAUCAUAGUUGGGUUGAAUAUGCGCCUUAUCCGUAUAAGUGGAUUGAGAAGUGCAAGGGCAACACCAAUGGUCUGGGCUUAGCAGAAGGAGGUGAGCGCCUCACAGAUGAAGAGCUCGGCGAGUAUGAUCCGACUGCGGUGAAGAAGUAUCCAAUGGUCUGGGUGAACCCCCUUACGGGUGAAAAGGCCUUCCAGGUCCAUGGCAUAUGCGCCAAAAAGCUUUACCUACGUCGCUCAAAGGAGGAGCAGCCUCAUAUUAUAGAAGAUGUGGCCGAGAUUCGCAAGUUCAUCCUAGGUAUCCAAAACCGAAUUCUGAAGCCCGAAUACAUCCUGCUGGCUCCUGUGGAGGAAGGAGACGUGGCUAUUUGGGACAAUUACGGACUGUUCCAUUCGGCCAUCGAUUAUCCGAUCAGCAUGGGCCCUAGGUCCAUGCAUCAGGCCAACAUCAGUGGUAGUAUUGGUCCAAGGGGGCUAGUAGCGAUCCCUUCAAUGGCCUAG